GCCCGUCAACAUCAACGACUCGCAAAAAUGUAAACCGCACACGGCACCGCAGCGCUGCUGCAGCGACGGAGGUAGGAAAGUGUCCGCCGCUACUGUGACUACACAUUCAGAAGAUGAAAGCCAUCCACAUCCCGAAAUUCCAUGAGGGCGAUAUCGCGUUACUGCGACCGAGCGAUAUCCCGCAACCGACUCCCAAAGAUGACCAGUUUCUAAUCCAGAUCACUCACUGCAGCCCGCAACACGCCGAUAUCCUACACGCUCAAGGCAAACAUCAGAAUAAUACCAAGCGAGGCUGGUGUCACCCACCGUUCACGCUCGGCUAUGACUUUGCAGGCGUGGUGGAAAAGUUGCCAGCUCGAGGCAGUACGAAGAGAGGGUUGAAAAAGGGAGAUCGCGUUUUUGGUGCUACAAUUGGUGCUUUCGCCGAGUACAUUUGCGUGACGGAAGAUGCUAUACGCAAGGCACCAAAUGGCCUGUCCAAUGAGACGGUCGUGGCCAUGUCGAGUGGAGUGGUGAGCUAUGCUUCUGUGGUCAACAUGGCAAAGGUGAAGAAGGGAGAAACAGUCAUUGUGAGUGGUGCGAGUGGUGGUCUAGGCAGUGUCUGCUGCAUGGUUGCGAAAGCAGUAGGAGCCAAGGUUAUUGCCCUCACUGGCGACCACGAGAAGGCCGAGCAUAUGAGACGGGAUAUGGGAGUGGAUCUGGUGCUGGUCAUGGAGGACGGCUGGCUGGAUAAAGUGCUAAAGUUCACUGGAGGCAAAGGAGCGGAGGUCUUCCUCGACAACACUGGCAUGGUGAAUGAUGCGAUACGAAGUCUUGCUUACUUUGGCAGGAUAGUCAUCAUAGGCUUCGUGGCCCGUGGAGGCGUCAUGGAAGAAGUGAAGAUGAACAAGCUGCUGCUCAAGUCGGUCACGGUGAUGGGCUAUCGGUUCGGAGAGAGUGGCAGAAGAUAUCCCGCUAUGCUGGAAGAGAUAUGGAAAGGGUAUCUUGGGCUGCUAGAGGCAGGUCGCAUCAAGGCCUUGCUGUAUGGCGAUUACAAUGGGCUGGAGGAUAUGGGGCGUGCAUUGAGCGAUCUACAUCAUCGCAAGGUCUAUGGCAAGGUUGUCGUUAAAGUGGCCGACGUUCCCACAAGUGCGAGGCUGUGAUACACCAGCGACAUAGAUGUAGUGAAGGGCAAUGGCGAAAACACAAAGUGUGAGCGC